UUCUUCCUGGCUGCUGUGGGCGUUUUUGGUCGUCGACGACUUUUUUGUCGGAACUGUUGAUAGCAAAAUGUCUUCAGGAAAUGCCAAAAUUGGGCACCCUGCCCCCAACUUCAAAGCCACAGCUGUUAUGCCAGAUGGUCAGUUCAAAGAUAUCAGCCUAUCUGAUUAUAGAGGAAAAUAUGUUGUGUUCUUCUUUUACCCUCUUGACUUCACCUUUGUUUGCCCCACGGAGAUCAUUGCUUUCAGUGAUAGGGCAGAAGAAUUUAAGAAACUUAACUGCCAAGUGAUUGGUGCUUCUGUGGAUUCUCACUUCUGUCACCUGGCGUGGAUCAACACACCUAAGAAACAGGGAGGACUGGGACCCAUGAACAUUCCUUUGGUGUCAGACCCCAAGCGCACCAUUGCUCAGGAUUAUGGUGUCUUAAAGGCUGAUGAAGGCAUCUCAUUCAGGGGCCUCUUUAUUAUUGAUGAUAAGGGUACCCUUCGGCAGAUCACUGUGAAUGACCUCCCUGUUGGUCGCUCUGUGGAUGAGACUCUGAGACUGGUUCAGGCCUUCCAGUUCACUGACAAACACGGGGAAGUGUGCCCAGCUGGCUGGAAGCCUGGCAGUGAUACCAUCAAGCCUGAUGUCCAGAAGAGCAAAGAAUAUUUCUCCAAGCAGAAAUGAGCACUGGGAUAUUUUAGUGCUGGGCUGCAGUGGCAGCCAUGAGAACAAAACCUCUUUUGUACUUUUUUUUUCCAUGGGUAAAACACAAGACUUUAGGUUCAGACAAGAAGUGGUGUAUUAUAAGACAGGCCUUUCUUAUGGGGGUUUGAGAUGCCAGAUUUUGUUCCCUUGGUGGGAAUGGCUUGAGUUGUGUUGUGGGACAGGCCAUCUGAUCUGUAUAGUCUAUCUGUUAGUAGAGGGCAUCAGCCCAUGGAUCCUUUGUAGUUUCUAUUAAACUUUAAUUGAGAC